AGAUCGGACGGUCCGGCGGUUACAUUGUAUCCUCCCAGAGAUCCUCCCCCGGUAGGUCGGUCGGUCGGUCCCCGGGUGGCAGAAGGAAGUGUGCGGGCGGCCAUGAGACCCUGAGAAGGUGGGGGAGGGGAUCCCUGGCAGUGGCCCCCCGAGCGGCCCCCCUGGACAGCCGGCCGGCUCCCGCCUUUGUUUUGCAGAACUUUGGGGGAAAGUUUAGUAAAUAGGAGGAGGGUGGGGGGAGGGGAAUAAUCCGGUGCCAGGAGGGCGACAUACUCCAUCCGGAUCUGUUCCUGGGAUCUAACAAACUCCAACUGGACCCUUCCCUGGGAUUGGACAUCAUCCAUAGGGGGUCCUACCCAAGGAUCAGACAUACUCCAACUGGACCUUUCAUUGGGAUCUGACAUCCCCCAUCCGGAUCCUUCCCUGGGGACAUACAAACUCCAAUUGGAUCAGACCCCCCCCAUCUGGACCCUUCCUUGGGAUUGUACAUCAUCCAUAGGGAUCCUUCUCUGGAAUCAGACAUCCCCCAUGUGGACCCUGUCCUAAUAUCAGACAUACCCCAUUCAGACCCUUCCUAGAGGUCCGACAUUCCCCUUUCCCGGGGUCCGACCCUCUUCAUCUGGACCCUUUUCCAAGGAUUGUACAAACUCCAUCCAGAUCUUUGCUUUGGGAUCCGACAUACUCCAUCUGGACCCUUCCUUAGACCCACACAGCCCCCAUCUGGACCCUUCCCUGGGAUUAUACAUACUCCAAUUGGAUCUAUCCCUGGGAUCUCACAUACCCCAUAAGGACCCUUCACCUGGGCCCUUCCCAAAGAUCUACCAUACCCCUUUCCUGGGAUCUGACAUACUCCAUCCGGAUCCUUCCUCAGGCCCAUACAUACCCCAUCGGGACCCCUUUUCCUGGGAUCUGACAUACUCCAUCCGGAUACUUCCUCAGGCCCACACAUACCCCAUCGGGACCCCUUUCCUGGGAUCUGACAUACUCCAUCCGGAUCCUCCCUUGGGCCCAUACAUACCCCAUCGGGACCCCUUUCCAAGGAUCAUACGUAUUCCAAUUCUAUCUGCCCCAGGCAUUUCUCACCCCCCGUAUGGACCCUUCCCUGGGGUCAUAUAUACCUCACCUGGACCCUUCCCAAGGAUCAUCCAUACUCCUCCAAUCGGAUCCGUCCCUGAACCCUCAUAUCCUCUCUCUGGGAUCUGACACACUCCAAUUGGAUCUAUCGGUGGGAACUGACACACUCCAAUUGGAUCUAUCAGUGGGAUCAUCUGACACCCUCCACCUGGACCCUUCCCUUGGAUCUCAUAGGGACCCUUUGCCGGAAAGAUGGCGUCCAGCGUCCCUGGCGCUGCCCAGGUGGUCGCCGGGAACAUGGCCCUCCCCUGGUAUCACCGGGACCUGAGCCGAGCGGCGGCCGAGGAGCUCCUGGCCAAGGCUGGUCGGGACGGGAGCUUCCUGGUGAGGGACAGCGAGAGUGUCAGCGGGGCGUACGCCCUCUGCGUCCUGUUCCAGAAACACGUUCACACCUACCGUAUCCUGCCGGACGAGGAGGACUUCCUGGCUGUACAGACAUCUCUGGGGGUUCAGGUUCGGCGGUUCAAGACGUUGGGGGAUCUGAUCGCACUCUACCUGCAGCCCAACCAGGGGAUGGUGUGCACCCUGCUGUACCCCGUGGAGAGGGAGAAGGACGUCAUAGAGGACAGAGACUAUUCCGAUGGAGAGGACGAGAAGCCGCCCCUCCCCCCUCGUUCCGCCUCGGCUAGUUUCUCCGGAGGCUCCGGGAUGAGUUUGAUGCCCUGCGGGCAGGAUGUCGGCUCCGCCGAGAGCUCCACCAAUGGCCUGAGCACCAUCUCUCACGAGUACCUGAAGGGCAACUACGCGCUGGACCUAGAAGCUGUGAAAUCCGGGGCCACCAGCCUGCCCCACCUCAACAAAACGCUGGUCGUCUCCUGCAAGCGCCUUCACGGAGAGGUGGAUAAAGUUUUAUCCGGACUGGAAAUUCUUUCCAAGAUUUUCGACCAGCAGAGUUCCCCCACCGUGUCCAAGAUUCUGCAGCAGGCUGCCAAUCAGAGCGGAGAGCAGGAGCUGGAAAGCCUCGUCCUCAAACUCUCCAUCCUGAAGGAUUUCCUCAGCGGCAUCGAGAAGAAGGCUCUGAAAGCUCUACAAGACAUGAGCAGUUCAGCCCAGUCCGCUCCGAUCCCACAAUCCUCUAGGAAGAUGAAGACUAUUCCUGUGCAGACCUUUGAGGUGAAGCUGGACAUGCUGGACCUCUCCAAGAUUGUGAAGUCUCAGAAGUACACGCUGAGCGUGGACGUGGACGGCGGGAAGCUGGUGGUGAUGAAGAAGAUGAAAGAUUCCCAGGAAGACUGGAACACCUUCACCCAUGACAAAAUCCGGCAGUUGAUCAAGUCUCAGCGGGUGCCGUCCAAGCUGGGAAUCGUCUUCGAGAAGGAGAAGGAUAAAACGCAGCGCAAGGACUUCAUAUUCGCCAGCAUUCGGAAGCGGGAAGCCUUCUGCCAACUGCUGCAGCUGAUGAAGAACAAGCACUCAAAUCAGGACGAGCCGGAUAUGAUCUCCGUCUUCAUCGGGACCUGGAACAUGGGAAGUGUCCCUCCGCACAAAAACCUCACUUCCUGGAUCAGCUCCAAAGGCCUGGGGAAGACUCUGGACGAGAUGGCCGUCACCAUUCCUCACGACAUUUACGUCUUCGGGACGCAGGAGAACUCGGUGGCUGACAAGGAGUGGGUGGACUUCCUGCGGGGGAUGCUGAAAGAGUUCACGGACGUGGACUACCGGCCGGUAGCCAUGCAGUCCCUGUGGAAUAUUAAAAUCGCCGUCCUUGUCCGGGCGGAACACGAAAACCGGAUUACGCACAUCAGCACGUCCAGCGUUAAGACCGGAAUCGCAAAUACUCUGGGUAAUAAAGGUGCGGUGGGAAUAUCUUUUAUGUUUAACGGCACCUCGUUCGGCUUUGUGAACUGUCACCUGACCUCGGGCAAUGAGAAGACCACCAGACGUAACCAGAAUUACCUGGACAUCCUGCGGCUCCUGUCGCUCGGGGACAAACAGCUGAACUCCUUCGAUAUCUCUCUGCGCUUCACCCACCUCUUCUGGUUUGGUGACCUGAAUUACCGCCUGGACAUGGACGUGCAGGAAAUCCUGAAUUUCAUCAGCAGGAAGGAAUUUGAUCCGUUGCUGAAAGUCGACCAACUCAACCUGGAGAAGGAGAAGAACAAGAUCUUCCUGCGUUUUAGUGAGGAAGAGAUUUCCUAUCCCCCCACCUACCGCUAUGAGAGGGGCUCCCGGGACACCUAUGUGUGGCACAAACACAAGCCCACCGGGGUUCGCACCAACGUCCCGUCCUGGUGUGACCGCAUCCUGUGGAAGUCGUACCCAGAGACCCACAUCAUCUGUAACUCCUAUGGUUGCACCGAUGACAUCAUGACCAGCGACCAUUCUCCCGUCUUUGCGUCGUUCGAGGUUGGCGUGACGUCGCAGUUCGUCUCGAAGAAAGGUCUACUGAAGCCAUCAGACCAGGCCUACAUAGAGUUCGAGAGCAUCGAAGCCAUUGUGAAGACCGCCAGCAGGACCAAGUUCUUCAUCGAGUUCUAUUCUGGCUGCCUGGAAGAGUAUAAAAAAAGCAGCGAGAACGACAGCCAGAGCGUCGACAACGUCAACUUCCUCAAAGUCCAGUGGUCAUCCAGGCAGCUCCCGACAUUGCGGCCGAUCGUCUCCGAGAUCGAGUAUCUGCAGGACCAGCACUUGCUGCUGACGGUCAAGUCGAUGGACGGGUACGAGUCGUACGGCGAGUGCGUGAUCGCAUUGAAGUCGAUGAUCGGCAGUACCACGCAGCAAUUCCUGACCUACCUGUCUCAUCGAGGAGAGGAAACCGGCAACAUCCGCGGCUCUAUGAGGGUGCGCGUGCCCGCGGAGCGUAUGGGCACCAGAGAGCGGCUUUAUGAAUGGAUCAGUAUAGACAAAGACGAAACCGGAGCUGUGAAAGGGAAACCGCCCACUGUGCUGCGAACCAAUCAGGGGUACAGCAAAUCUGUAAGUCGGAAGCCCCCCGCCACAGAAACUCCGGGCCCCACCCUCGGAAAGCAAUCCGAAGAAACAGAAAAGGUUCCUGGCCUCUCUACCGGCCGCCCACCGGUUGCGCUGCCGACCUCCAUUAGGGAAGAUCCGGCACUGGCGCGGUGCAAGAUGGAGGUCCAGGCGGAGGGUGACGCACAUGGUCAUAAAAACAGCUUCAAUAACCCGGCCUAUUACGUCCUGGAAGGGGUUCCGCACCAGAUGAUGCCCCCUGAUGGGCAGCUGUCCACCACUGCAUCAUCUAAGAAUAGGGUGCAAAUCACAGUGCCCGCACAGCACACCGAAAAACGCCGCCAAUACCCACCGUCUGCCCGAGGGGAGGAAACCUCUUCCGACGAAGAGGUUGGCACUCUGAAUCUACCGCCGCCGGACUUCCCUCCCCCUCCUCUUCCCAAGUCAGCCGAGUUCGAAAUGCUGGACAACCCCUUUUAUGUGACGUCAAGUGAGUUGCACAACCGGCCGGCAGAAGACGGGGAUCCCCGGACGGGACCUGGAAAGACCCGCGCGGGCGUCACCUUCAGCGAACCCCCGGAAACGAAAUAUCAUCUGAAGGCGCAAUCGCGGCCUCCUAUACCGACCCCCCAGCCUUCCUACAUGGCUGAGGCUCAUGGGACAAUGCAGGAUGACCGCUCCUGCUCUGUCUUGCAGAUGGCUCGCACGCUAAGUGAGGUGGACUAUACUGGAGGCAAGGAGGCCCAGGGACGCCCGCCUCAUCUCACGGGGGGCAAAAGUAAGAUGGAGCUGCCGAGCCGCUGUUUGGACUUCAGUCGACCCCUUGUCUUUCCUCCUCAUUGCAUUCGAGAGAGUAUACAGGAGGACGAAGAGGCUCUCUAUCACGGUGGGCGGAAUUCCUCCAGCUUGCAGGGCUCCAGCGUUGGCGAAUGGCUGAGAGGGAUCGGCAUGGAGCGAUAUGAAGAGGGGCUCAUACACAACGGGUGGGAUGACUUAGAAUUUCUCAGUGACAUAGUGGAAGAGGACCUCGAAGAGGCCGGAGUUAUGGAUUCCAACCACAAGAAGACCAUUCUGGACAAUCUUCAGCUCAGGAAGUGACCUUCACCUACUCACAUCCCCUUCUACAUGUUGUGGCCUUAUCAUCGCGACCGUAGGCUUCGCCACGCGCGUUUUUUUGUUUUUUUUUAAACGCCACGCACCUUAUCGGGCUCUGGCAGCCCCCCCAACCCCGCCGGGUCCUGGCGAGGAUUAAAAGCCUUACGCAGGAUAUUCCUGCCAGCGUCCAUUCCUUUGUUGCUGGACAACGGCACCGGUCCCCGGUCCCCGGACCCUUCCAUCGCUGUCCUUUUACAUUUCCGUCUCCGGGGCAAAAAAAAUACAUCUUCUUUUUUUUUUUUUUAUCGAUUUUUAAAUGGAAGUUAAUUUGUAUUCUGUGUAUUUAAAAUAUUUUUUUCAGCGUGACGUUAGACCAAAAUUGGGUCUUCCGGCUACCGUCUUGUGUUUGACGUCUCGAAGAGAGAGGACCUAUAUACUGUUGCCACCUCAAGGGGGCAGCAGUUCCUUGGAAAUCUGGAAAAACUGUGGCGCCCCUCCCUUGUCUAAACAGAGGCGCGCAGCCUUGACCUUUUUUUAAGAGUUUUGCAUCAACGGAUAAAGUCUUCCUCGCCUGACCCAAGAGCUGAAAACCGUCGUAGAGAGGGCGGAGUCAGCGGUUGUUUUAUAAAAAGGGAAACCCUGCCUUAUCUGCUGGGACUCUGGAGUUCUUUGACUUUAACUUUCUGUUUUUUUUAUUGCUUUUGGAGUUGUCUCCCCGUGGCGUCAUGACAUCGGUCCAUGUUGGUCCAAUGGGGGGCUUGCUUUCAGAGCCGUCUCCCCGUGGCGUCAUGACGUUGGUCCAUGUUAGUCCAAUGGGGGGCUUAGUUCAGCUUUUGUCAUUACAGGCACUACAGCAUAUGUACCCCACCUAUAGGCAGGGCCGGUGCUACCCCCUAGGGGGGCGCCCGGCCAGUGGUGUUCCUACUCUCUUCUCUCUGCAGCAAGCAACUAAGUCUCAGCAUCAGCAGGCAGUCGCCGCUCUAAUC